AGCUCGCGCACGCCGCCUCUCGCACUACGGCGCUGUAGCGGCCUCUUCCUUCUGCGUCCAGGGCCCGACCGUGCGCGGUGGCCGCGGCCGGAGCUGGGAGCCAGCGUCUGCCUCGCCGCCGCCCUCGCUGCCUGACCCUCUGCCUUGGACUUUGCUCUGCACCGGGCAGAGGCGGCGGGCUGGGGAGGGAGCGGCGCCAGCGUGAGGUUCCCAGCCGAUGGGAAGCCCCUGGACGCGCUGAGGGGCCGGACUACGAGCGGCUGAGAAAAUGAUGCAUCCUGUUGCCAGCAGUAAUCCAGCUUUCUGUGGGCCUGGCAAGCCUUCCUGCCUCAAUGAAGAUGCCAUGAGAGCUGCUGAUCAGUUUGACAUAUAUUCCUCCCAGCAAAGCAAAUACAGCCACACAGUCAGCCACAAACCAAUGGUUUGUCAGAGGCAAGACCCAUUAAAUGAAACACACUUGCAGACUACUAGUGGCAGAAGCAUAGAGAUAAAAGAUGAACUGAAGAAAAAGAAAAAUCUCAACCGAUCUGGUAAGCGUGGCCGGCCUUCAGGAACCACCAAAUCAGCAGGAUACCGGACCAGCACAGGCAGACCCCUGGGAACCACCAAAGCGGCUGGAUUUAAGACAAGUCCAGGCAGACCUUUGGGUACCACUAAAGCUGCGGGAUACAAAGUCAGCCCAGGGAGACCUCCAGGAAAAAAGCAGCAAGCCUUCAGGUGUUCCAGUGAUGCCUGACACAAUGAGCUGGACUUUAUGCUGCUCUUUACAGUAAGAGGUGUUGCAUUGUAUGUGGGGACUGUGUGUGCACUGGCAUCUAGGACAGUGACCUCAACAAUACUAGCUUUGCACAAACGGUAGAGAGAUGUCGCAUGACUACAGAAAAUCAGUUGUAACAUUCUGGCAGCUAAAUUGCUACAAGAGCUUCUUCUUGCAGAAGCUUAAAAUAUAAAACUUUUAAUAAUUUACUCAGAACAGUGUAACUUCUGACACACACAAAUGCUUGCAUCUUCAUUCAUGUGUUCAUUAUUUACUUUUCUUACGUAUCUGUCAUUUAGCCGUUUCUCAAGAUGAUGUUCAGCAGUUGGCUUCUUAGAAAUCCUUUUUCAAGCUAGUUCCUAAAGAAAGUUGUUUAAUUAAAUGUUCUACCAUAGAGCAAUAUACAGCGUUGUCAAGGAUUUGGUUGCAUGUUGUUUUUAUAUUAAGUCCACUUUACAUUUCCUUUUCAGUUUAUUUUCAUUCCUGGUUGUGUUACACAUACCCUCCUCUUUCUCCCCUGCCCUUUCAUACAUUAACGCCCCUCCUCCCACCCUCCAGCACAUCUACUAAGUGGUGCUGUGCUGUGUGUCAGAAGAUAAAGCAGGUGUUUUAUUGUAUAAUGAAUUUUGUGUACAUGUUUAUGAAAUGGCGAAAUCAUCUAAAGGAGGCAUGUUCAUAACAGUGUUUAUUGUCAGGAGCUAUGUCCCAGGGAAAAGGGGCGAAUGGCUGCCGUUGUGAAUGGAUAGCCUCAUUUAGAAAGCUGAAUUUACUGUUCAUGUGAGCAGUUACCCGGAAUGUUAGAUCUGUACACUGGUGAGCAUCUCCUGGUUCCGCUUACUUUUCUCCUUGUGAACAGUUUACUGGUGCCAUGCUAAAGAGAAAGACAUCUAAGUAAUUACAUGAAUGAAGUCUUAAAAUAGGAAAUAUUUUUACUUCUAUAUAAAGACUAUGUUGUGCAUCUUUUGUAACACUGUCUCUUGUCAUGAUAAACACUGAAACAGCAUGUUAAGCAGUUGCCUAUACUUUAACAUAGUCAGUUGGGGAAAACUGGCCUUUUCCCCCCACUGUAUAAUUAUUCCUUGAAAGGUAAAUUGCUGAUUUUAUACUAUGUAAUUCUGUUCUUCACAAAAUAGGUUUCACUAUUCUGUAUUAAAACUGUUGGUCAGAAAAUGAUCUGCUAUUCAAGUAAGUUUGCUUUACUUUUUUUUCUUUCAAAAAUGUUUUAACAUGCCUUAUUUAUUAUUGUUAUCAUGUUAACAAAUGAGCUAAUAUACAGAUGAAAUUUUCAUUUUUUGACAGAUAUAACCUUGCAUAACUAAUCUUUAGUAUGGGAUGAUUUUGAUACUAUCUUUGGAGUUUUGCACUGGAUAUUAAAAAAAUAUACUGGCACAAUGUAUUGGAAAAAAAUAAGUAGUAUCUGGUUUAAUUUUUAAUAUUUGGGGACAUUUUUUAAAAUCAAUGUUUAAAUUAGACUAAAAA